GAUCACGUUUCAACAUUUCAACAAAAGGACGGCGUAGGAUGUGGGCUAACGUUUCCGACACUGGGCUGCAUUUUGCUUUCGCUAGACUUAAAAAACGGACUUGGUCAAACUGUGUGUGGAAUUUGGACUAAGAUUUGGAUCUGAUCUUAGAGAAAUUCGACUUUCACGCUUGUUUCUUGAUCAUUGUUUUGUAUUGGAGUAUUUAGGAACUUCAAUCUUGGGUCUUGGGAUUUUUUAUCUUGGAUCUUAGGCGCAAGAUCUUGGAUUUGGACCGGAUUUAGACUCAGUUCGGGGCCAGGAUGAACUUGCCGACGCGAGAGGAGGUGGAGGGCUGGGAUCAGGGACACGUGGCUGCUUUCAUGCACCAGAUGAAAAUGUACGAAUGUGCCGGCACGGUCAACAGAUUUCAAAUCAACGGACACCGAUUUUUGAACAUGACAGAAAAUGACCUGAGGAAGUUCAGCCCCAUUCUUCAGCCGCAGCUUCAGAAAAUUGUCCAGGACAUAAAGAAGAAUGACGGCAGCAUAUUGGACAAACUAAGAAGAUUCAAGAAUAAAUCUGUGCCCAGACUCCCAGCAAGAGACUACAGAGGUGAAGACAGAGAGGACAGUGAAGAUUCUGACCCUGAAUAUGACAAUGAGACGUACGAAGCUCCAGGAGUGGACGACAGCUACGAGCCUCCUCCCUCUCACCAGCAGCGGGUGUUCAGCUCCGGACCUUUGCCGCGGGGGGAGUACGUCGACAGCUGCCGAGGCCCACCGAACCGUCCCCUGAAGAAGCCCCACCACGCGGGGAGAGCGGGCAAACGGCUGCCCCUUCCACCCAGACCCAACCACCAGGACAACGACGAGGAGGAUUACAUAAGCCCAGACGGCAGCAAUGACGACGACAACUACAUCGAACCAGAAGAGCAUCCACCUCAACGAGGCAGAGCAGUGAGGAAUCUACCUAAAGUCCCUGAACAUCGCCCCUCGAGUCCUGACUGUUACGAAGUCCCAGACACUGAGAUGAAACCGCAGCUGAAACCCCAAGUGAAACCCCCGCCUCCAGUUUUAAACAGGCUGUGUCCGGUUCCCUCACAAACACAUUCUUUACCUCCAACACCAAGCCCAAGGCUACCUCCAAGAUCUCCUACUCCUGAGCCGACAGGAGACGACGAAUACGAAGUGUGUGAUGCAAAUGACAAGUGCAGCGGCGAUAAACCCAAAGAAUCCCGCCCUCUUCCUCAUCCCAAACCCCGGCCCAGACAGAGGUCACCCAAGCCGCCCAUAAAACCUAAAUUACCCGCCAAACCAUCAUUCCGAGAGUUUGACAGUAACACAAACCGGACUUUGCCUGCGACACCAAGUGAAGCUGUUACUCCUCCUUCAAAAACCUUCUCCCUGGACAUGAAACGACCAAAGCUUCCUGUUCCACACUUCAUGUCCCACAAACAAACUGACCAAAAACUGCCUGAUGCUCCAGACAGCGGCUCUGCGGAGGAAGAUAAGGAGGCGGAGCUGCAGUCUAAGCCGUGGUUUGCUGAUUCUUGUGAUCGAAGGACGGCUGACGACGUCCUGGUCCAGUCCAAUCAGGACGGAGCGUUUUUGGUGAGAAAGAGUUCGGGUCAUGACGCCCAGCAGCCCUACACUUUAGUGGUGCUUUAUAACGGAAGAGUCUACAACAUCCCCAUCCGAUUCUUACCCAGCAGUCAGCAGUUCGCCCUGGGCCGGGAGAAGAAGGGAGAGGAGUAUUUCAGCAGCCUGACCCACAUCAUCGAGCACCAUCAGAGGACUCCACUGGUUCUGAUCGACAGUCAGAGCAACAACAAAGACGCCACUCGACUCUGCGUCCCCGUCAAACCGUAGACACAGGACGCGGGGGCAAAUAUGUCUGUGUAAUAACAAAUAUGUGUAAUAACGCUGGUUUUGCAAGAGUUAAAGGUUGUAUGGAGGAUUUUUUUUUAGUUUCAAACUGUCAGUGAAAGAUUAAAAUACCAUUACAGCUUUGUAAUUAUGAUGACCAAAAAAAAAAGAACGAAAAUCUAUCAACUGUGGACGUGUUGAGGCCAGAUAAACAUCAGCCAAUAGAAAACGAGGCUCCCUCAUUUUCUAUUGGCUGUUAGGUUCGUCAAUCAAACUCUCUAGUAUAACUGACUCGUCGGAGCGCGGGGAUUACGUGGUUUACGCAGCGGUUCUUAGAGGCAUUUUUGAACUGUCGCUUCCUCGCAUUUCGCACAAAGUUUGUCGCGACGGCGGACGAGAAUCCACGACCGGUUCGCCGCAAAAGAAAGUCGGUUUUUGAGGUCGCUGAAAGAAGAAGAGAAGAGGAAAAGGAGCAAAGACAAACUGAGGUGAUUCUUGGAGAUCUCGUCCAGCGAUGGCGCGACCGAUGCAGACGAAGGGUCUAAAAACUGACGCGUCGGUCGCUGAAUUACUUCUAGACAGGAAACUUCAACAGUAAUUCUGAAUGUGCACAAGGACUGUCGCUGUAUUUCUCUUCCCUUAAAAAAAUCCUCUAUACAACCUUUAACGUGAUAGUCUUUUCUUUGUUUUGGAUGGUUCUCAACUGGUUUUCUUUAAUAACUGAUAUUAACUGUGUUUCUGAAGUUACGUAAUAGUAUAAACUCUAUUCAUGUUACGUCACAAACCAGGGAGACGUUUGGAAAAAUGCCAUGACGACUUCCGGUCUAGUUCCCGACACUGGACUGCGAUAAAACCCGUUGAAAUAAAUGUGAUUCACUGGGCCAUUUUCUCAUUUUUCUAAGAUUUUGUCAGACUUACCACAAAGUUUACAAAGUUUUAUAAGUCAUCCACGCAUGUUUGAGUAAUCUAGCGAUCUCUCCCGCGUCCUAUUUGAACCCUUCUCACGGUUAGCUCUAAGAUUUGACCACAAGCCGACGUCACCCACGCUCCCGCACGACAAUUCUCAAAAAAUAUACAAAAACAUGAUACAAAACUGCGCACGAACGACUUCACAAACCUGAUUCGAUGUGCAGUAGUUUCAUUAGUACAGUAGUCAAAACAAUAAAAACAAUUAAAUGGUAUUUGUUAGCAGUAAAGUACCCCUCAAGUAUCGUCCAGUCGCUCCGGAGUCGUGUGUCAGUGGGGAAAUGGUCGUAAUUGUUGAUUGGCCGAACAUGGAACGCUACAAUGACAUGGAGAUGAAGAAAACUGGGACAUUUUCUCAUUUUUCCUACAUUUUGUCAGACUUACUACAGCGAACAGAGCCCGCCGGAAGUCGUCAUCACAUUUACAAACGUCUUCCUGGUUUGUGACGUAAGAGCCUGAAUAGAGCCAAAGUUGCAUAAAGGAUGAAUGUUAUAAUGUAUUUGACAAAAUGUUAUAAUGUAUUUGUGUAAAUCUUAUGAUAUAAAGCAAACAGACAGUAGGAAUGGUUACAAAUGCGUAUUUAAAGUUGCUUUGUGUAAAUUUUCUGGUGAAGGGUCGUCAAAACUAUUGAAAAUCAGAUACUAAACCUUGUAUAUCAAAGGUAGAUACUCAUUUGAACAGGUAUUGAUACUAAAAGUCACAUUCGUAGAACAAAACUGACUCUUACAUGAACAGUUUUAGAUGAUCUUGAGCUGUGUCAGAACAAGUAUAAGAGCAAAUAGACUAAUACACCCAUGGACCAACAUGGAACCUACUGAGGGAUACACAGAUAUAAAACCACAUGGGAAUAGUAAAGAAGUACUGGGAUUUAACGCUGAAAUCCACAUUGUCUAAAUCUGACCUGAGCAUUGUCCAGUUCCCAGGCCACAUACAGAACUUUCGCUGACUCUGACCGGCCCGUUUAAGUUCAUUUGAAUUACAAAAUAAACAUAUUUUAAUUCAUUAA